ACUCCCGACAGCUUCUGGAGAGUAUCCGGGUUCUCCUAGCCCUGGGCCGAGGGUGUCCGCUCGCCAAUCCCGCAGAGCAGCCGCCGUGGCCGGGGCAGACCCACGAUGCGACCAGGACAGGCAGGGGGCGCGCGGCCGCUGUUGCAGCUGGUGUUAGCUCUGAGCCAAGGCAUUUUAAAUUGUUUGGCAUACAAUGUUGGUCUCCCAGAAGCAAAAAUAUUUUCUGGUCCUUCAAAUGAACAGUUCGGCUAUUCAGUGCAGCAAUUUAUAAAUCCAAAAGGCAACUGGUUACUGGUUGGUUCACCCUGGAGUGGUUUUCCUGAGAACCGAAUGGGGGACGUGUACAAAUGUCCUGUUGACCUACCCACUGCCACAUGUGAGAAGCUAAAUUUGCAAACUUCAACGAGCAUGCCAAGUGUGACGGAGAUGAAAACCAACAUGAGCCUUGGCUUGACCCUCACAAGGAACGUGGGAACUGGAGGAUUUCUCACAUGUGGUCCCCUGUGGGCACAGCAGUGUGGAAAUCAGUAUUAUACAACCGGCAUUUGUUCUGAUGUCAGUCCUGAUUUUGAGCUCUCGUCCAGCUUCUCACCUGCUGUUCAGACCUGCCCUUCGCUCAUUGAUGUUGUGGUGGUGUGUGAUGAAUCAAAUAGUAUUUAUCCCUGGGAUGCAGUAAAGAACUUCUUGGAAAAAUUUGUUCAAGGCCUGGAUAUAGGCCCUACGAAAACACAGGUGGGAUUAAUUCAAUAUGCCAAUAAUCCAAGAGUUGUGUUUAACCUGAACACAUUUAAGAACAAAGAUGACAUGAUUGCAGCAACAUCCCAGACAUACCAAUAUGGUGGGGACCUCACCAACACAUUCAAAGCAAUUCAGUUUGCAAGAGAUUUCGCUUAUUCAGCAGCUUCUGGUGGACGUCCAGGUGCUACCAAAGUAAUGGUCGUGGUAACUGAUGGUGAAUCCCAUGACGGGUCGAUGUUGAGAGCUGUGAUUGAUCAAUGUAACAAUGAUAACAUACUGAGGUUUGGCAUAGCAGUUCUCGGGUACUUAAACAGAAAUGCCCUUGACACUAAAAAUUUAAUAAAAGAAAUCAAAGCAAUUGCCAGUAUUCCAACAGAAAGAUACUUUUUCAAUGUGUCUGAUGAGGCAGCUCUACUAGAAAAGGCUGGGACGUUAGGAGAACAAAUUUUCAGCAUUGAAGGUACUGUUCAAGGAGGAAACAGCUUCCAAAUGGAAAUGUCGCAAGUGGGAUUCAGUGCAGAUUACUCCCCUCAAAAUGAUAUUCUGAUGCUAGGUGCAGUAGGAGCUUUUGGCUGGAGUGGGACUGUUGUCCAGGAAACAUCUCGUGGACAUCUGAUCUUUCCUAAGCAAGCCUUUGACCAAAUUCUGCAAGACAGAAAUCACAGUUCAUAUUUAGGUUACUCUGUGGCUGCCAUUUCUACUGAACAAAGUAUCCAUUUUGUGGCUGGUGCUCCUCGGGCAAAUUACACUGGCCAGAUAGUGCUCUACAGUGUUAAUGAGAAUGGCAAUGUCACGGUUAUUCAGACUCACAGAGGUGACCAGAUUGGUUCCUACUUUGGGAGUGUGCUGUGUUCGGUUGAUGUGGAUAAAGACACCACCACAGAUGUGCUCUUGGUAGGUGCACCAACGUACAUGAAUGAUCUAAAGAAAGAGGAAGGAAGAGUCUACCUGUUUACUAUCAAAAAGGGCAUUUUGGAUCUGCAGCAGUUCCUGGAAGGGCCCGAGGGCUCUGAAAAUGCACGGUUUGGUUCAGCCAUUGCUGCUCUUGCAGACAUCAACAUGGAUGGCUUGAAUGAUGUGAUUGUCGGUUCCCCUUUAGAAAACCAGAACUCUGGAGCUGUGUAUAUCUACAAUGGCCAGCGUGGUCCUCAGAGCACCAUUCACACAAAGUACUCGCAGAAAAUCUUGGGAUCUGAUAGAGCUUUCAGGAGCCAUCUCCAGUACUUUGGGAGGUCCUUGGACGGCUAUGGAGAUUUAAAUGGAGAUUCCAUCACUGAUGUGUCCGUUGGUGCUUUUGGUCAAGUGGUUCAACUCUGGUCACAAAGUAUUGCUGAUGUAACUGUGGAAGCUUCAUUCACACCAGAAAAGAUCACUUUGUUGAACAAGAAUGCUCAGAUACUCCUCAAACUCUGCUUCAGUGCCAAGUUUAGACCUAGUAGGCCGAACAGUCAAGUGGCCAUUGUGUAUAAUAUCACACUUGAUGCAAAUGGAUUUUCCUCCAGAGUAACCUCCAGAGGCUUAUUUAAAGAAAAUAAUGAAAGGUACCUGCAGAAGAAUAUGAUAGUAAACCAAGCACAGAGCUGCUCUGAGCACAUCAUUCACAUCCAGGAGCCCUCCGACGUUGUGAACUCUUUGGACUUGCACGUGGACAUCAGUCUGGAAAACCCAGGCACUAGCCCUGCCCUGGAAGCCUAUUCUGAGACUGCCAAGGUCUUCAGUAUCCCUUUCUACAAAGACUGUGGUGGUGAUGGGCUUUGCAUCUCGGAUCUGGUUCUCAAUGUCAAGCAGCUGCCAGCUACCCAAGAACAACCUUUUAUUGUCAGCAAUCAAAACAAACGGUUAACCUUUUCAGUAACACUGAAAAAUAAAAAGGAAAGUGCAUACAACACUAGAAUUGUUGCUAAUUUUUCAGAAAACCUGUUUUUUGCUUCAUCUUCCAUGCCGGUUGAUGGAACAGAAGUAACAUGCCAGCUUGCUUCAUCUCAGAAGUCUGUUACCUGCAACGUAGGCUACCCUGCUUUAAAGAAGCAACAACAGGUGACUUUUACUGUAAACUUCGACUUCAACCUUCAAAACCUUCAGAAUCAGGCAUCUGUGAGUUUCCAAGCCAUAAGUGAAAGCCAAGAAGAAAACCUGGCAGAUAAUGCAGUCAGCCUCAAAAUACCUCUGCUGUAUGAUGCUGAGAUUCACCUGACAAGAUCCACCAACAUAAAUUUUUAUGAAGUCUCUUCAGAUGGGAAUCUUCCUUCCAUCGUGAACAGUUUUGAAGAUAUUGGUCCGAAAUUCAUCUUCUCCCUAAAGGUAACAACAGGAAGUGUCCCUGUAAGCAUGGCAUCUGUGAUCAUCCACAUCCCUCAAUACACCAAAGAAAAGAAUCCACUGAUGUACCUGACGGGAGUGCACACAGGACAGGCUGGAGACAUCAGUUGUAAUGGAGAAAUAAAUCCACUGAAAAUCGGACAAAUACCUGCUUCUGUAUCUUUCAAGAGUGAGAAUUUCCGGCACACAAAAGAAUUGAACUGCAGAACUGCUUCCUGUAGUAAUGUCACCUGCUGGCUAAAGGACCUCCACGUGAAAGGCGAGUACUUCAUUAAUGUGUCUACCAGGAUUUGGAACUGGACUUUUGCAGCAUCGCCUUUCCAGACAGUACAACUGACAGCAGCUGCAAAGAUUGACACCUACAACCCCCAGAUAUUCGUGAUCGAAGAAAACACCGUCACGGUUCCCCUCAUGAUAAUGAAGCCUGACGAGAAAGCUGAAGUGCCAAUGGGAGUCAUAAUUGGAAGUAUAAUUGCUGGGAUCCUUUUGCUGUUAGCGCUGGUUGCAAUUUUAUGGAAGCUCGGCUUCUUCAAAAGGAAAUAUGAGAAAAUGACCAAAAACCCAGAGGAGAUGGACGAGACCACGGAACUCAACAGCUGAACCACCC